UCACCGUUGCACCGGCCGCUGUCUAAAACAGGCCACAUCCUAACAUUUCUCCUCUGCUCGCUGAAACUUCUCCGUCUUCUUCCUUUCCUUCCCCCUUGUCUCUUCUUCAACUCUUUAAACCCCUCGGGAAUCUAAAAAAAUUCUCAUUAAAGUAAAUUGCACGGAGUCGCCGCCAACCCUUCCUUAGUCGGAGUUUCGCAAACAGUUUGCGACUGCAUCGCCAUUUCUCCGAUUGCCGCCGUAAUCGUCGUGUUCUUCUUCUUCUGAAGAGGAGAACUGGCGAACCCCUCCCCGAAAAUGUCGUGGCUGAAAUCGGCUGUGAGCAAGGCGGUGGAGGUUGGGAACAAGAACAACCUCACUCGCGCCGUCAAGAACUAUGCAGACACCGUCGUUCACCAGGCUGGUCAGGCCGUCGCCGGUGGAGCCAAAAUCUUGCAGGAUCGCAUUGCCACUCGCAACUUUAAAAGUGCUAAGCAAACAAUUAAGAGAUUGGAAGAGGCAGCGGUUUCCUGUAGGGGCCAAGAGAGAGCCUUGUUAAUGAGAAGAUGGCUGGCUGUGCUUAAAGAAGCUGAGAAAUCGGCGGCAGGUUCAUCGGAAGAUAAUAAACUCAAGUCUUUGGAGCAGUACCUUCUGCCUGAUGAUGCAAGAGAAGGUCCGAGAAAAGUGAACACGAUUUUGUACUAUGAUGCUGAUGUUGGUGGCGAACCGCUCCCUUUCCGUGACAUUUUCCUGCAAAGUCAGGCUUUGGAGGGCAUAACAUUAUCCAUGAUCCUUCACUCACCAAAUGAAGAUGAAAUUGCUUUGUUACUGGAGUUGUUUGGUCUUUGUCUAACUGGAGGAAAGGAAGUGCACAUUGCAAUACUGAGCAGCAUCCAGGAUCUGGCUACGGUUUUUACAAAAUACAAAGAGGAAGUGCUGGUCAAAAGGGAGGAAUUGCUUCAAUUUGUGCAAGGUGCCAUUACAGGGUUGAAGAUUAAUGCUGAGAUGGUCAGAAUUGAUGCUGAAGCAGUUGACCUCAAAAACAAACUUGAUGGGAUAACUGUGCAGGGAAAGCCCACAAAUGAAACCGAGGACAAACAAUCUGAUAGUGCCACUAAUGAAGCUAUAGAGGCUCUCAAGGAAGCAUUAGCUCAAAUUCGAACUUGUUCAAGACUGGAAGGGCUUUUAUUGAGAAAGAAAAGUUUAACCUUUGGAGACACUCCAGAGAUUCAUGCCCACAAGAUUGACAAGUUGAAAGUCUUGACAGAAUCUCUUGCUAGUUCUGUGACAAAAUCUGAAAAGCGCAUUGUAGAUCAGAGAUCACAAAAGGAAGAGGCAUUGAAAGUUCGCAUUUCUAAAGCUGAUGAAGCCAAUGAAAAGGAGAAGGAAAUAGGUGCUGAGAUCACUGUACUUGAAAAGGAAAGAGAUGAACUGGAAGCCCAGUUGAAAAAGGUUAAUAUAUCCUUAUCUGCUGCAAAUGCACGCCUCAAUAAUGCCAGAGAAGAAAGGGACCAGUUUGAAGAAGCAAACAAUCAGAUCAUUGAGCAUUUGAAGGCAAAGGAAGAUGAGUUGACGGGCUCAAUCGCUGCAUGCAAGGUAGAAUCUGAUGUUCUGGGCACUUGGGUUAACUUCUUGGAGGACACUUGGGUUCUCCAGCGCUCCUAUGUGGAAACGAUCGAGAAGCAGGCAGCUGAUGAGCUGGAGAAACAUGAGGAGUACUUCACGAACUUGGCCGUCAAUCUUCUAUCUGAUUACAAGAAUGAAUUGGAACCUUCUAUUGGCCGCAUUGGUACAUAUGUUGAGAACCUGAAGAAAUUGAGUCCAGGGUCAGAGGUAGCAGCCAGUGCAGAUAAUCAGGAUUCUCAAGUAAUUAGCCCGAGGCGACAUCUUGAGGAAGAAUAUAUGGACUAUGAAGCGAAGAUCGUGACCACCUUCAGUGUAGUGGAUAACAUGAGGGAGCAAUUCUAUGCUCAAAAAGGCGCAAGUUCAAGGUCUGAUUUCCAGUCACCAUCACAUAAUGGGAAACACGAUGAAAGAGUGAAAGAGCUAUUUGAUGAGAUCGAAAAGCUGAGACAGGAAUUUGAUGCCAUUGACAGACCAAUUCUUGAGGUGGAGGUUCCGAGCUCAAAGCAAGAAGCAACAUCUGAGGAGAAGUCCUCAGAAGUUGCUUCCACUCCUACAGCCGAGCCUCUCAAGGCAGAGCCUAGUUCCCCAAAGCCACCUGCCGAGCUUCCCAAGAAACCAGCCACAAGUGGCAGUGAGUCGGGGAAGACCCUCGAUGCUGAAGCAGAACUGGCAAAGCUAGAGUCAGAGUUUGGCAAGGUUGAUCCAACGGAUUAUUCAGCGGAGGAGGUUGGCGAAUGGGAGUUCGACGAGCUUGAAAGAGAACUACGAGCAGGUUAUAAAGGUGGCAAGUGAUCGGCACCAAAUCCUGAACUGUGUACUGUAAACUAAAGGAUCGAUAAAAAAAAUGGAGGAAAUCACCAGCUUUUGUAUGCAUUUAACUGCAGAAACCUUCAUCCCUUAAAACAAAGAAGCUGAUGGAAGUUUUAGAGGACAAAGGCUGCUUGGGAUGUGUAACUUAAAGUUACUGCAAAACAGUAAAAGGCGAUGGGGGAAGGAGAUUGUAGUUUCAAUUUGUUCAUUUCUAAUGUACAUUCACAACAGAAGAGUUAUGUUGUAUUAUUGUAACAAAUAAUCAAACACAACAAAAUGAUGGAUUAAAUCUCAGGUCUUUUCUCUGGAUGUCUGAGCUGAAACUGGAAAUAGUGAUUCCUCCUCCUACACAAUAUGCAUUAGUUAGCUAGUCCACGAGCAGCUAGUCCACGAGCAUGACAAAUUAG